AUGACACCUUGGCGAGCCACACGUCUCCUCAAUGGAGUACGAGCUCUAGUUGGCGGUCAAGGCCCCCCUUUGAUUCUCAUGCCAGGCUGGCCACAAACAGCAGAGGCUUUUAGUGGCAUCCUUGAGCCCCUUUCAAAAAAGUAUCAGUUUUUCGCGCUCGACCCUCCGGGAUUGGGUGAUUCGCUUCCACCCCUCAGCUAUGAUACUGCGAACGUGAGCAACAUCAUGGCCGAAGCUAUUCACGAUACCGUGAAGGAAAGACCGUACCACCUAGUUGGCCAUGAUGUGGGUGGAUGGAUUGCUUAUCCUUGGGCCGCUCAAUUUCAAUCAAGAAUCAAAUCGCUCAGCAUCUUGGACGCGUCAGUGCCGGGUUUCAUGCCCAAGUUUCAAUUUCCGCUGGAUCAGCAGACAAACAUGCGUCUUUGGCAAUUCUCAUUUCACGCGCUUCCAGAAUUACCUGAAAUUUUGACUCGCGGUCGUGAACGGGAGCUCCUGACCUGGUUUUUCAAUUUGAAGACGGUUCACACAGAUGCUUUAUCCGAAGAUCAUUUUGAACGCUAUAUCAAAGCAUAUUCAAGACCAGAAGCGAUGAGCCGGGGGUUCGAGUAUUAUCGAGCUUUCGAAACGAGCGCUAAACAAAAUCUGGAGUUUGCAAAGAAACCACUCAAUAUCCCUGUCUUAGCUUUGGGUGGGGCUAGCUCCGUCGGUUCGGGGAUGAUUCAUUUGGUUCAAAACUUCGCGAACAACGUCUCCGGGGGUGCUAUUGACAAUUGCGGGCAUUUCCUCCCCGAAGAGCAACCAUCUGCUGUCGCGCACAGGCUGCUGGAGUUUUUGGACGCCAACGAAACUGAGUGA